AUGUAACAGAAGGAAAUCGACAGAUUGGAACAUCAGAAUAAGAAUCUCUAAGUCCUCACAUAGCAUCAAUGUUCAAUGCUUUAUUAAGAGAGAACGUUACGAACAAACUCUACUAAAUUGUAAAUGCAUUCAGAUUUACCAUAACAACAAUUACCCAAUGCCAGGAAUGCUCGAAGAUCGACUAUAAAGAAUGUAUUAUAGGCCAUGAAACCACCACCUCGUAAGAUUGUAGUCUCCAAUAAACUCUAAAUGACAAACAACGAAUGUUUUAAGCUAAGUUCAAUUCUAGAAGCCACUAAUUAGCAAGCCAAAUAAUUAUACCAUGAUGACAGUAGCAUAUAAUUGGUCAAAGAGAUCCUAAAAGAUGAGGAUUCCUUUAUUGAUAUUAUUACGACAUAUCCUCCUCAAUAAGUUUCAAUAAUGUACGACAAAAUUAAGAAAUUGAUCAACGAACAUGAAUAGAUGUUUGAACUGAUCUUAAAGUUCAAAUCAAUCAUUGACAACUCUUUUAGCCUAUAAAAUAUUAAGUUACAAUUAGAAGCUCUCAAUCAGUUGAGCUAACAGUGCAAGAACAUCCUAGAAUGCAAAAAUGCCUAGAUCAUUACUCAUACUGACGAGACAAGUAAAUCAUAUAUACAACAUGUCUAUAACAACAAGUAAAUCCUCAAUUUGAAGAAUGCAAAAUUUGAUGAACGAUUUAAAAAUGAGAAUUUCAAUCAAUUAUUAGCAGCUCCAAUUCUAGACAACAACAGAUGUCUAGGAGUUAUUGUUUGCUAGGAUAAGUCAAUCAAUUUUAGCGACGAAGAUGAAAUUUUGAUCUAAUACAUAUGCAGACAGGCUCAAUAUAUACUAAACAAUUAAAAAUUCAACUUCAGAAGUAUCAACACACUCUCAAAAGCUUGUUAUUGCUGUAAUAAAUCGAUGAUUUAGAUACUAAAUUACACUUCUCAGAAUAGAGACUUUGCGAAAUUAUGA